UACCGGAAAGAACAAGCUGCUCGUUUUUGUCCCUGUUGCAAAAGAGCUGUAACAUAUCACAGUGCCUGCUGGGCUUCUGAGCACUUACUAACAGCUCAGAUGCCUAAGAAAUUCCCUAUCAUGAAAACUUCUCUACCUAGCAGUCAUGCUGCAACAGGUUUGGAAGAAAGGAAUAACAGGAGAGCUGAAACAGAGAAGUGCAGUAUCCAUGCCUUUUUGGACCAUAAAUCUAUGCUUCAGCUACGCACCUUCAUUAGUGAAGAAGUUUCUCUUCUGUACAAAAUUGACUUCUUGUGUGAAACAUUGCUUCCGAUGGUCCCCAAGGUUGGACAUAGCAUUGCAGAAAGUGUUGAUGUGAAGGUCUUGGAAAAUACUAGUUGUAUCUGGAAAGGAUGUCAAGAGGGGACCCAAAAUGAGCUUAGGAGUGUUACCACACCCACACCUUUGGAACAAGAAGUGAGGCUUUAUACUACUGGCUGGUGCAAUGAUUACUCUAACUUUCUUCUAGAGCUAAACAUGCUGGGCUGGAGCCUUGAGAAUCUCAUUGCUGUCACUGUAGGACCUGCUGCACACAUCUGGAAUGGACUCUUGAUUUGAAAGCUGUUGAAGGCAUUGAUUUGAAUUCCAGCUCCAACACAUUUCAUAUCUGGCUUGGAUAAAAAAGGAAUAUGCCUUGCAGUUUGGAUCAGUGAUGGAGAAGUGCAAUUGUGGAACAUUGAAACCAGAAAGAGGCUGAGAAACAUGUUUGGCCACCUGUCUGUAAUUGGAGCUGGAAUCAUUCAAUAAACCCGUGCUGUCUUUUCCCGCUCUCUACUGGGAUUUGUCCAUCACCGUGAUGUUCAGAUUGCUCAGCACCAUGUUGGGAUUCUUUGUCAAAACAAACAAAACAUUUGCAGCCUGAAAUUGUCACUAGCCAACCUGUUGCUGGCAUUUUGGUCUAGAGGUGGUAUAUUGAAUAUUUGGCCUAGCAACCCUGGGGUGGAAUUGCAGUCACAGGCACUGAAAAUCAUACUUCCCUUCUUAGCAGUUAAGGCCAUGACCUGGUGUCCUUGGCAGUCAAAAGUCCUUGCUACAGGAGGUGGAAUGAAAGAUGGGAUUUUGCGUGUCUGGCACAUGAAUUGUGAGAAAAUCAUCCAAAGUGCAAUUACAGAUUCACAGAUUUCUUCCUUGCUCUGGUUACCCAGUGAACUGACAAUGGGACAAGACCUUCCUGCAAACCAGAUGAAAAUAUGGAAGUAUCCCAUGCUUGUCAAUUCAUUAGAACUCUAUAGCAAGUCUCAAAGGGAUAAUCUUGCAUAUAACCCUGAGCUCAGAUCAGAGUAA